AUGCAUAAACACCAUCUAAUACCCCUCGCACUGUUGGCUGGUCAAGCUAAUGCACGCCCUUCCCCCCUCAGUACCCAAAAUGACAAUAAUUCAAUACCURGGAUUGCUCAAACUUCUACAGAUCUUGCGAACUCUACCACAAAUACAAACACAAGUGCUAUCCCGGAUUGCACUGCGGAUUACUUCCUACCGAGCAGCAGAGAUUGCGGCGAAAUUGCACUCGGCCACGGGAUCCAGCUCGGCAUCUCCGAAUCAUACUAUCCAGCUAUUACAGAAAAAUGUCAAAUGAUUCUUCGAAACUAUGGACUAUGUUCUGUAAAGGGCGAACCGGCACCUUCGCCACCUGCGUUUUCAACUGGAGCUCCGUUCAAUUCUGGCUUUAACUCCACUAGGUCAUCGAAUGGAACUGUGGGCUCGGCCUCGAAUGGAACGAUGGCCAGUAAUGCGACGCUCGCGAGGAAUGGUACCACCCUCGGAAGCAAUCGCAAUGGCACCAACCUUGCAAGGAAUGGCACCCUCGCGAGCAAUGGCACCCUCGCGWGCAAUGGCACCCUCGCGAGCAAUGGCACCAACCUUGCGAGGAAUGGCACGAGCAACUCCUUGAACUUCACUAGCUUCGGCGCCAGCGUGCUCGCCACAAAGGUGGUCACUUCUCAUGACACAAAGACUCUAACAUAUACGGUUGGCAAAAGUGGAGGGGGCGAUUUACGAACCAUCAUCGUCACCAACACCUUGUCGAGCAUCGUCACAUUCACAACUAUGGCUACAGUUGUCGGAAUGCCAACAGUGUCGAACGCGAAAUCAAAAACAAAGCCAAAGUCGGAAGCGAAAGCGAAAGCGCAAUCCACACCGUCUCCCUCUGCUUCCCCUACUCUGGUCCCAGCGCGAGUAGUGUUAGAAAUUCGACCGGAAGGAACAUCGACCCUCACGACCGAGUACCAGGAGCACGGCACUUAUACCGCAUUGACAAAUGUAGCGUCCAAAAUCACCGCAGCUCGAUCUCAUGUCAAACGAGAGACCAUGCCUUCCGAUUGUCUUGGAAGCAUGGUUGUCCCCUUACAACCGAGUCCAGCUGCGGUGUAUGAAAAGCGACAAGUUCCGACAUGUGCCAACGCGGUCCCUGCUCCAGCACCGACUGCUACAGGCGCUGUUCUCGGAUGCUCAGCAUGGCACGUCGUUGAUCACGGCGAGGACUGCGCAACAAUUGCGACCUUGUAUGGCAUCACGUCGGAUACUUUCAAGACCUGGAACCCCGCCCUCGACGCAACCUGUUACAAUCUCCUCACAGGUAUCGCAUAUUGCGUCUCCAGAUGUGGGUUGACUUCGGAGCCGUUCUCACCACAUGUAGUAGCAGCAGCUAGUGCAAAGACUUCGGCCGCCAUUCCACCUUUCCUCAGUGCGUUCCAGAAUGGCAUGUGGACCCCUGACGCCAUUUUCAAGACGACCAUGGCCGCGGCUGCCACUCUGACUACGGUAUCAUCCUUCCAGACGAGCGAUUACUCCCCUGAAAGCCACUCUCCUGUGGCUUCAUUCUUUCCGUGGAACCCACUCGCCAAACCCUCCGAAUCCUCGCAGAGUGGAAUGUUCACACUACCGAACCCCACGCAAAGUAUGGUGGCCCAAGCAACAUCCGAGUCGAUACAGGGUGGCAUGGAUGCUUMUAUCCCUUACUCAUUCCACAGUGCUGCUUUCAAUAUGUUUUACGGUGGAAAGUCGCUCCCGACAACCACCAUGGGCGGAAUGAAUGAGCUUGCACUUCCAUCCGAGUAUCCAUUGUCUGUGGAGAAGCCUGCAGUUCCAUUCUCGACUCCCGUGUCAUCAUUGGAUUCCUUCGCCGAGUUGGAAGUGCCAUUCACACCCAUGUCAUCAUUGGAUUUCUCCACCACCUUGGAAGUGCCAUCUGCACCGUCCCCAACGUCGGAAGCGCUGAUGGUACCUUCCAAGAAGCCGGAAGUACCUCUGAGCCAUCCGUCGAGUCCCAUCAGCUACAAAACAUACAGCGGUGACGGCUCCGUGGCCGCUGGAUGGCCUUCGAUGGAAUCAUGGCUGGWUUUUGAAACCUUGUUCGAAAUCAACAAGCCAGACAUGCUAUCCGGAUGUGCAACCUGGAAUCUCCCCAACAACUCCGAAGAAGAAAUCGCCAGCAUAAAAACGGCCAUCAAAUCCGUAUCCGCCUCCUCAGACGAAGAAAUAGACGAACGCUUCAUCCUGGCAAUCAUAAUGCAAGAAUCCAAAGGUUGCGUCCGAGUCAUCACCACCUCCUGGGGUCACCAAAACCCCGGCCUAAUGCAAACCCACCAAGGAACCGGUUCUUGCAAUACCCCCACGGUACAAACCCCGUGUCCGGACUCGGAAAUUCUGCAGAUGAUUCAGGAUGGCACUUUGGGAACUCCUACCGGCGAUGGUCUGCAACAAUGUAAAGAAAAACAAUCUCGAGGACAACCUGAUGAGGCUAGUGCUUGGUAUAGGACUGCGAGACAGUAUAAUGGUGGGGGGAUCGCUGCUAGUGGGAACCUUGAGGAGGGUUGCUGCACGUUGACCUACGCGAGUGAUGUUGCGAAUCGACUUGUUGGUUGGGUGGAUUCUGCAUAG